CGUAUUGCUGCCCGUUGGUUGAUCGCAUCGGCAUGGGGUUCCUGUGUUCAAAUUCUGUCGACAUUCCUUGGCAUUAAAGAUAGGCGAAAAGCUCGCCAGAAAAUUCAGGAAGGCAUCGAGCAUUCUAUCAAAGGCAUGCAGCUGUUGGCAGCUGUUGCUCUCGAACUCGAACUGGCUGAGCGCUGCGGCUGGAUCUUUGAAAAUCUGGUGGAAUCGUCUUGUGACGUCGACGAGCUUCGUACACUGGCCGGCUUCGAAGAACAGAAAAGGUUCGAGUUUGACUUCCGCACC